AUACGAGGAUGUUUCUAAUCUCACUGCGAGUGAUGUCAUGAAUCGAGUAAAUCUAGGAUAUUUGCAAGAGCUGCAGGACAUUUCAGAGAACCCGUAUACAGAGGGGACCGGGGAGUCAGGGCCACAAGCAGAUGAGAUGAACGACCACCAGAACACGCUGUCCUACGUCCUCAUCAAUCCUCCUCCAGACACCAUGUUGGAGCUUAAUGACAUUGUGUAUAUUAUCCGCUCAGACCCGCUGGCACAUGUACCAGAAGACACACAGGUGGGACAGACCCGUGGUGCCAGGAACCAGCAGGAGUUUGGCUCAGAGACGAAAGACGAGACUCACCUCUAAAACCUCGUCAGUCCUCAUCACCCUGACCCUUAACCCCACAGG